UCACUGUCUCGUCUGGACUGAGUGAACUAGGUAGUACAGUAUCCAGUGUUGUGCUCCUAAGAGGAAGUGUAUGGUAGUGAAUGUUCUCAUAAACCCUUUUUAUAUUAAAAGGAGAAGACGUUUAACAAUGUCGUAUUUGUGAAAACAGUUAACAAAAAAAUUUAAAGUCAUCUUUUAUCAUGUAACAAUGUAAAACUUAUUGAAUAUACUGUACUGUGUCCUCACCUAAAUUUUAAACUGAACAAAAGCUGGUCAGAAAUAAUAUAAUUGUCUUCAUAGUGCGGCGUAUACGUACAUCAUGUAAUAAGAGAGAAGACUUUUGUGCCUUUAAUGUCAAUAGGCACAGAAGAAACGUCUGUCAACCUUGCAAUGGCCAUAAGAGUGGAGGAUGCAUCAACAAUGAGCCACAGUCUUGAGGGUCGGGCAGUGACCGUAGUGAUCGGUGACAUCACUGCCCCGGCCAUUACUGUCACCAGGCACAAACACCAACCAGUACAAGUUGGUGAUAAUAAAGAAUCCAAAGAGCAGCCAGUAGAUGUGCUGCCAUCCAUAUCCACCCAUGAAGAGUCUCUGAGUGAAGAGGAUGUAUUAGUCACCAAGAAAGGUUUCUGUAAGGAAGAUGCUCAGGAAAUAGAUGAGGCAACCUCACACACACAAUUGGUUGUCAUCUCCUUGGUGGCUGGAGCCAUGGCUGGAGCUGUUGCCAAGACAACUAUUGCACCUUUGGACAGAACUAAAAUAAAUUUCCAGGCAACACAGCAAAAAUUUUCUGCACGCCGUGCUCUUGGAUUCGUGGGGGAGUGUUACAAAAAAGAAGGGCUUUUUAGUCUAUGGCGGGGAAACUCUGCUACUAUGGCACGCAUUGUCCCUUAUGCGGCCAUUCAAUUUACAGCUCAUGAACAAUAUAAGAGAGUUCUCAGAGUUGAUGCACCUAACAGAGACACUCCACCAAUGUUAAGAUUUUUGGCGGGUUCAAUGGCCGGUGUAACAUCACAGUUCCUAACUUACCCUUUAGACAUGGCAAGAGCACGCAUGGCUGUCACACACAAGGACACCUAUUCUUCUCUACUGCAGGUAUUUGUUAAGAUAUGGAAGAAUGAAGGACCACUAACACUGUAUAGAGGUUUAACACCAACUAUGCUUGGUGUUAUACCAUAUGCUGGUACAAGCUUUGGCAUUUAUGAAACUCUCAAGAAAAAUCAUCAAGUGCAUUCUGAUCGAGACAAACCAAACCCAUUAGAGAGAAUGAUGUUUGGGGCUGUGGCAGGUUUAGUUGGCCAGUCUUCAUCCUACCCACUAGACAUCGUUCGAAGACGUAUGCAAACUGCAACUGUUACAGGCAAUGGAAACUCCUAUAAAACUAUUAUAGGAACCCUUUCCAAAGUGUACAGGGAAGAAGGGCUCUUCCAUGGGCUCUACAAAGGUCUUUCCAUGAACUGGAUUAAAGGACCAAUUGCCGUGGGCAUUAGUUUCUCCACAUUUGACACGCUUAAACUAUCUCUUGAACAAAUUCUGUUAAGUAGAUAGCAGCUCCAUUUGUACAUUUAGUUGAUAGUACUGGCUUGGAGGAGUAAAUAUAUAACAUUACAAAUGUACAUUGGUUGUGUAGUUAACUCUGGACACCAUGAGAGAGCACUAAAUUUACUGUUAUAAAUAAUGCAAUAUUAUGGUAUAGUGUAUGUUUUAGGAAGAAAACUGUAGUUCACCAGUGUGUCUUACAUUUGUUCAGUGUAGUAUAUUUACAAAAUGGUAGCAGACACAUCAUGUAUGGUAAUAUUUUUUGAUGUCCAUUACAUAGUACAAUAUUAGGCUGUAUCUAGGCAUUAUAGCAGUCCACCAGUGCACUAAGAGAAGUAUGUAAUAAAUCAUAUAUAUAAGUCUAUGCUUAAAUUGCAUGAAAUAUUAGUGCAGUAAAGAAUCGGGUAGUUUUAUGUAGUUUCCCCUAAUUUCAUCAUGGCUGCAUUAGUGGUUUCUUAUAUAUUUUUAAUACUGUAUACUGUAGGUGUGUUUCUUCACAAGGAAUCUGAGUUACAAUGCUUAAUUUAUCACUGAAUGUGAAGGAAUUAUUUAACAAAGUUAAUAGUAUAUACUGUAUAAAAAAAAGACAGGCUAUGCUGUUGUAAUAUAUAAUAUGUAAAAUAAACUGUACAUUGAUAUAAGCUUGGUAUUGCUGCCAUUCACAGGAGUUGAUAUUUUACAGUGCAGUAUGUUAUCAUCAUUGCUGGCAGACUGUAUUCGUAGUUUGUGAGUACAGUACAGUUACUGCUAAUUAACUGCAUCCAUAUCAAUCUUAAUUGGCCAUUUGUCUUCAUAAGAGUUUUUAUAUGUGGCAGACAUCAAGGAAUAUGUGGAAAUACAUUGUUGUGACUCCACUAUGGUAACUAUAAAGAUGAACUGUACUUAGACUUAGUACAGUAUUACUAUGAUAACCUUGAAGGCAUGUAUAUUGUAGAUACAGUUAUGUGUCUUUACUAUGAUUUACUGUAUACUUAAGAUUGAUAGAAUAUCUAUCAAUUACAGUAGUGAAAGCUUCUCAAAUAAAACAUAUUAAUUGUAGUUUAUCAUGGUUGAUUUUUAAGAUAACUUUUUGUAUUAAGAUUUACAUGCACAGGAAUAUGUAUCUUUAUUUGAAAAACCUAAUUUCCAGCACAUGUAAUAUGUAUUUUAUGAUUUAAUGCCUUUCACUGGUUUAGGAUCUAAGAACCUCUAACAUAGAUGAGGCUGGGACUGAUCUUAUAACCAAUAUUACUUUCCCAUCACAAGUAGGGCCUCAGGCCACAAAACAGACAGAAGUGUCCCUCACAGAGAGUAGGGAACUAGAAGCUAGCAGGUCUUGAUGUCACACUGAUAUGCAAUUCACCAAGCCAAAUGGGUCAGCCAUCUUCGGUGCAUUGUAGGGUCACCCAUUCAGUUCUACACAACUGUUACCCGUAUCAUCUAACCUGUUAGUGUGAAGUGUUUUUUAUUUCUCUUGCAAACUUGAUACCUUUUUUGUGUCGGUAUACAAAGUUGUGUUUUUUUUUUUCCAGCCAGUGAAGUCUGGGCAUUGUUUGGUCAGGUUAGUUACUGGAAGUACUAGAUUCACCAAGCAGAAGGCAUUAAGUCAUCAAUGCAAGUUGAAUCCUAAAAUUCUAUUUUAUGAUUUAGGCUUUUUUUUUUUUU